AUGUCUACUCCUACAGAAGACCCAGUUAUCCAUCAUAAAACUGCCGAACAAAAGGUCACACCCUGGGAGGUUGAGGGCGCUGUGAUUGACGGCCAAGCUGUUGUGAUUGACUAUGACAAGUUAAUUGAUCAGUUUGGUACCAACAAAAUCACUGAGGCCACUCUGGAACGGUUUGAAAAAGUCACUGGUCAUCGCCCUCAUCAUCUUAUGCGCCGUGGAAUGUUUUUCUCCGAACGAGAUCUUGAUACCAUUCUUACCCGUUACGAAUACGGUCUACCCUUUUUCCUUUACACGGGUCGCGGACCUUCUUCAGACUCAAUGCACUUGGGCCACAUGAUUCCCUUCAUGUUCACCAAGUGGCUGCAAGAUGUUUUUGAUGUGCCUCUUGUUAUUGAACUUACAGAUGAUGAGAAGUUUUUGUUUAAACAGCAGUUGACGAUUGACGAUGUGAAGCGCUUUUCACGCGAAAAUGCAAAGGAUAUCAUUGCGGCCGGCUUUGAUGUCAAUAAAACACUCAUUUUCUCUGACCUGCAAUUUGUGGGAGGUGCAUUUUACGAGAAUGUGGUGCGCACUUCUCGCCAAAUCACUAUCUCUACCGCUAAGUCUGUGUUUGGAUUCCAAGAUUCGGACAAUAUCGGCAAGAUCCACUUUGCUUCGAUUCAAAUCUCCACAUCUUUUUCCACCUCUUUCCCCACCAUCUUUGGCAAAGAACAUAAGCCAAUCCCCUGCUUGAUUCCAUGUGCCAUUGAUCAGGACCCAUACUUCCGUGUGUCGCGUGACGUUGCUGUUAAGCUCAAGUACCCGAAACCCACUCUUAUUCACUCCAAGUUUUUCCCCGCGUUGCAGGGUGCCACGUCCAAAAUGUCAGCGUCCAAUGCUACUUCGACCAUUUACUUGAGCGAUACACCAGCUCAGAUCAAGAACAAAAUUAACAAGCACGCAUUUAGCGGUGGUCGGGCCACUCGCGAGGAGCAGGAAAAAUAUGGAGGAAACCCAGACAUUGAUGUUGCAUACAUGUAUCUUUCGUUUUUCGAGGAAGAUGACGGGAAAAUGGCCCAGGUGGCUGCAGAUUACAGAGCAGGCAAGCUGCUGACAGGUGAACUGAAGAAGCUAUGCAUUGACAAGUUGCAGGAGUUUAGCCGGGACUUCCAGGCACGCCGUGGAGCCAUUACAGAUGAGGUUCUGGAUAAGUUUAUGAACCCGAACCGAGAAUUUUCCUGGGGAUCGACGGAGCGUCUUGUUGCACCUAAGGCUUUGACACCGGAGAUGCAGAAGGAAGAAGCAAAGGAAGAGGGGAAGACAGAAGAAGAAGGAUCUAAAAAGCUGAGCAAGAAGGAGCGCAAGAAGUUGGCGCCUAAGGGCGGGUCGAAUUACCCGGGAAAUAAGGCUGUUGAGGAGACUGCAGCAGCUCUUGAAAAUACAAGUGUUUAG